AUGGCUAACUCACUAACAAACGCGCAACGUCAAGAAUUAAAAGAUGCUUUUGAUAUGUUUGAUUCAGAUAAAUCUGGUAAAAUAUCUGAAAAAGAGUUAGGAAGUGUUUUGAAGGCAUUAAAUAUUAAAGCAAAUGAUAGUGAUUUAAAAAAAAUGGUUACUAAAAUGGAUUCAAAUAAAAGUGGUGAAAUUGAAUUUGAUGAAUUUUGUCGUGUAAUGGCUGCAACAUUUUUUAAACAACAUUCUAAAGAUGAAUUACAUGCUGCUUUUCGUCAAUUUGAUCAAGAUGGUUCAGGUUAUAUUCAAGCAAGUGAACUUGAAAAUAUCAUGACAAAAAUGGGAAAACGUUUUAAUAAAACUCAAAUAGAUGCAAUGGUUCAAUCCUUAGAUACAAGUGGUGAUGGAAAAAUUUCAUUUGAUGAAUUCGUUCAAUUAUUUCAAUAA